AGGCGAGCGCCGACCGGGCACCAUUCGAUGGCGGGAUUCGACGCCAAUCGCACGCCUCUCUGCCAGAGCGGAAAAGCCACGCGGCGCCCGUGUGUGUGUGUGUGUAUGUGCAAGUGCCAAAGUGAACGGUGUGUGGUGAUCCAGAUAUAACGCGUCCUAUUCCGCAUUGUUGGUGUGUACCCGUUACCCGAACUGCGGUGCUGCCAGCUCUCCAAUCAACUGGUUUUCGCGCCCGCCCAACAAGGGGAAAGUGUCUCCAAGAGAAGGCCACCGGUUUCGGGGUGAAAUCAGCGUGCUCAACCCGGCGCGAGAGAUAAAACGAGAGCAAAGCUGAGUUUUUCUUACCACGAUCGCCUGCGCCGUCGAAAGGUGAAACACGCAGAGCAACAGAGAGGAAGGCUCCCUAACAAAAAAAACCCUUUGCUGCGGCCUUGCCAGCGACAGGACAGUCACGAUGUACAUUGGAGGCGUAGAAGGCGGUGCGACACACUCCACCCUCGUCAUCUGCGAUGAGGCGGGCCAGAUAGUGGGGCGGGCGAAGGGCCCGAGCACGAACCACUGGGCGGUGGGCAUACCGGGCGUGGCCGAGCGGAUCGAUGCGAUGGCCCGGGCCGCCAAGGCGGAGGCGAACCUGCCCGCCGACCAGCAGCUGACCGCGGUCGGCCUCUGUCUGAGCGGGGCCGAGGCGGAGGAGACGAACCGCGAGCUGGAAGCGUACCUGCACACGCACUACCCGACCGUGGCGGAACGGUACGUGGUGGCCAGCGAUACCGUCGGCAGCAUUCAGGCGGUGUCGCGCCUGGGCGGCAUGGUGAUCAUUGCCGGCACCGGCUCGAACACGCUGCUGCGCAACCCGGACGGCAGUACGCACGGUUGCGGCGGCUGGGGCCACAUGAUCGGCGACGAGGGUGGUGCCUGGUGGAUCGCCCGGAACGCCAUCAAGACGGUGUUUGACGAUCGGGACAACCUGAAGCGCUCCAAGUACCCGGUCGAGCGCGUCUGGCAGCUGAUCCAGGAGCACUUUGGCGUGCGGACGCUGCACGACCUGCUCGACCACAGCUACGGCCGGUUCUGCAAGACGGCGUACGCGGGCCUGUGCGCGAAGCUGGCCCGCGCCGCGCAGGACGAGCGCGACCCGCUCUGCCGGAAGCUGUUCGGCGAGGCCGGCCAGUCGCUCGCCCGGUCGGUGUGCGCGCUGCGCGACAAGAUAGCACCGGACCUGUUGCGCCCGGGCACGGCCGGCACCAGCCUGCUCGACAUCGUGUGCGUCGGCUCGGUCUGGCUGAGCUGGGAGCUGCUGCGGGACGGCUUCGUCGCCGAGCUGGACCGGCAGCACUUCCCGCACGAUCUGCGCCUGCUCCGGCUGACCACGACGAUGGCGCUCGGGGCGGCCUACCUCGCGGCGGACACGUACAAGCUGGCCCUGCCCCGCGACUACACCGGCAACUACGACGUGUUCUACACGUACCGGGUCGGGCAGGCGAACGGCAGCAACGGGACGGCCGGUCACGACACGAACGGCCGAUGCUAGGGGGGCGUGCAGGCUAAACCCGGGGAACCCUGCGCCCUCUACUUCCAUUUAGUACAGCAAAAACCGAUUGAGAUUCAGCGCAAAAAAACAAGGAUGCGUUUUUGUGCAGGAAGGAAACGUGUGACCUGAUUAAAGAGGCAUCCGCGCGCUACACCGAAGUUCCAGUUGAGUGUAGUAAAAUGCAAAAAAAAAACUAGUUACUGUUCCCUAUGCUGCUACUCCCCCCAAGUAUUCUCCCCUGCUGUGGACAUUAUUCCAAUCUGUGUUGACCUCCCCUUCUCCAUGCGGCUCCUUCCAGUUGGAAAAGCUGUUUAGUAUUUGUUGUCCUGCACGUGCUGCGCCUUCAUGCGCUUUCUAUAGCUAUAUAGCCCGGCCACGCCAAGCCAACAUUCGGAUAAAAAAUAUAUAAAUAUGCUACACAAAGAUUCCCCAGUGAGUGUGUGUUUUGUAGAGGUAGAAUUGUUUUCCUUCUUUUUUUUUUUUGUAUGUGAGGCAAAAUAAAUAGCGUCUACGUAUAUUCGCAAA